AUGCUUUUCUUCCUCUUCGCAGCGGCCCUUAGCUUCAUCCAAGCUGCUUCCUUCCAGGACCUUGCACAGGAGGAGGACACCUUCGCAGAAAGCAUAAACACUGAGCUCCUGCAGGUUAAGAUCGAGCUGACAAAGAACGGGCUUGAUCUUGGCCAGCACGUCCCGGCGCAGAAAGUGGCGGAACGCUUGAACGAAGCGGUGACAGCAAACGACACCUGUGCAGAGUACUGCAAGUUUGUUGGAUCAGUGCUGUGGCGUUACGACCCGCAAUGCCAGGGUUGCAAGGCAUCUUUGGUGCAAGUGGGCAAGUGCAUGGAUUAUUGCAAGUAUGAGCCGAAGAGUGUGCGGCAGUAUGAUGCCAACUGCGGCAAUUGCACUGCGUUGGUGCAAUUCGCUGCUACAGGCGAGAAGACUGGAUGCGCAGACUAUUGCAAGUAUGUCGGCACAGCCAUUCGAGCAAACGUUCCCGAUUGCAAAGACUGCACAGGCUCUCUCAUUGAAGAGCAUUCUGUGCAGAACCCGUGCGCCAGUUGGUGCCAGUAUGAAGGCCCGGCCGUGUGGCAGUACGAUAGCAACUGUGGCGGUUGUGCUGGCCCACUCUUGAACAGAUCUGCAGUGGGCUGCCUCGACUACUGCCAGUAUGUUGGGUCAGCAGUUUGGCAGUACAAUCCAGACUGCCAAGGUUGUGCGGUGCCAUAUGACUCAUCUCUCUUGCAAGAAAACAAGCAAGGCGACUGCAAGCCAUAUUGUCAAUACGAGCCGUCAGCGGCUUGGCAAUAUGAUGCCAACUGCCAAAAUUGCAAGCCGACAGCUUUUGAGCAGCAGGCCACGGCUAUGGCGGCUGCAUCAAGCGAAUGUGCCGACCAUUGCCAGUACGUGGGAGCUGGCCUUUGGCAGUACGACCCACAAUGCCAGGGUUGUAAGGCUUCUUUGAUGCAGUUGGGCAAGUGCAAGGACUACUGCAAGUACGAGCCGAAAAGUGCAUGGCAAUAUGAUGCAAAUUGUGGCAAUUGCACCGCGCUGGUGCAGAGCACAGACACAAAAGAAGCGACAGGAUGUGCAGAAUAUUGCAAGUAUGUAGGCACUGCCGUUCGGCAAUACAAUCCCGAGUGCAAGGAUUGCAAAGCCUCCCUGAUGCAGAAGAGUGUUGAAAUUGCCCCAUCCUGCAGCGAUUACUGUCGGCAUGAACCAUCAGGGCUUUGGCCUUACGAUGCCAAUUGCCAAGAUUGCGCGCUGAUCCACGGAGGAAGUGUGGAGACAGAGAUGACACAGGAUUCCAGCAAAUGCGAGGACCACUGCAAAUUUGUCGGUGCGGCAGUCUGGCAGCACGACCCAGAUUGCCAAGGAUGCAAGACGUCUGUGCUACAAAGUUGGGCACCUUCACGUCCGGAGAAGGGACAGUGCCAGGCCUACUGCAAAUACCAAGGAGCUGCCAUUUGGCGGCUUGAUGCGGGCUGCAGCGGAUGUUUCCAUGCUCUCCUCAAGGUAGACUCCCUAGGCAAUGCAAGCAAGAGUGAGUGCUCCACAAUCACUGGCGGCACCUGCAUGUUCAACAACUGCGACUACACUCGAGGGCCUACGCAGUGCAACUGGGCGCGGCUCUGCGUCUGCCCACAGAACUUCUGCUCGCAGAAUGGCGUAUGCAUCUUCAACCUGAACAGCAUGUUUCGCUAG